GCAUCACAUGAGGGCCGCGGCGGAGCGGGAGGAGGAGCAGGACACGAGGUACCUCAUCGACGAGCUCGCCGAGCUGAGGAUCAUAUUUGACGAGAUGAUACCAGAGUUGAACUGCGAGGAUCUGGAGGAGCAGAAUCAGAGGCUCAGGGAUGAACUCGAAGCCACGGACGAAGAGAUCGAGCUGAAGACGGAGAUGAUUGCAAGAUUGCAGGAGCUGGAGAAGGAUAAUGGUCCCACACAUGGUGCUUUGGAGGUCAACACACUGGACAUGACAGGUGGAGAGAACAAGCUGCCUGUGCUGCAUGAGAUAGAGAAGGGUGCUUUGGAGAUCAACACAUCGGAGCUUGGAGGUGGAGAGUGCAAUGUGGCUGACCAUGCUCUCAUGCUGCAUGAAAACCACAAGCAAGAGAUGGAGGCUAUUCAUUCCAAGCUAAUUCAACUUGAGAGGCAACUGGAGCAAAGGGAUAAAGACCUGGUGCUCAUCGCACGGCAGCUGAACAUGAAACUACAAGCAGCGGUGAAGCUCCCAGAGGAAGACCAUCAAUGUCUUUAUGGGGUAAUGACUCAUGUGAGAAAUAUUCUGGACGAGGAAGUGAAAAGGAUGAGUGAUUCAUUGUACCGCCUCAACAGAGAGCAGCCUAACGGCAAAGAGCUCCAAGAGAAUCGCCAAGAGUUGAUUCAGGUUUUCGAGAACAUGCCGAUUAGUAGGGGCGCAGUUUUUGGAAUCAAAAGGAUGGGCCAACUUGAUGAAAGUCCUUUUCGCGCCGCAUGCAAUUUAAAAUACAGGGACAAUGAUCCAGAGAACAAAGCUGCAAGGUUGGUUUCGUAUUGGCAGGGGAAAAUACAGAAGCCAUCGUGGCGUCCGUUUGUUACUAUUCGGAUCAAAGAAGAAGAUCAGGAGGUUAUAGAUGACAAUGAUCCAAAACUAAGCAAGCUGCGGUCUCAGUACGACGACAACGUCUGCAAUGCAGUGAAGGAUGCACUGAGAGAGCUCAACGAGUACAGUCCUGGCGAGCGGUGCAUCAUGAAUGAGGUCUGGAACUUCCGGGAAGGGCGGAAAGCGACAACGACAGAGGUGAUCACCUGCAUUUUAGAGCAGCUGGUAGCGGCAGACCCAGGAUUGCGAGGAAAUGAAUUCAAGGUUCCCACAAAAAAAUAUUCAAAUUCAAUAUAACCGGCUAAAAACAGCUGUUUAGUUGUAUAACCGGAUGACAAUAGUUCAAUCAACCAACUAAAACAAUAGAGACUAUCACCAACCGGAUCUGUCUUAAGCUUUCUUUGCUACAUUUGUUUGGAGAAACAACAAAAAAUGGUCUCCAUUGAUAGUUAGUAGAGCAGAUUGAUGCUGAUACUGCUAGGCUAUUUUACCCAAAAGCAUUGUGAGUGCCCAGUUACUCCAUGAAGAUGCGAGUCUAGUCAGUAAUGUUCAAAGCAUGGCUGCUUAUAGAUUGUUAAUGAUGUCAGAACUCUAGAGUUACUCAUGUGUCAGAACUCUAGAGUUACUUCAUCACAAAAGAGGAAUUCUAGAGUUACCAUGGCAACUUAAACUGCAACCUGGUAAGCUAAACAAUGCAAUAUCUCUAGCACACGAAGGUUGGAAAUAUUGACACCCAUAUACGCUGCAAAUCUACUAUAGGUGAAAUUUGAAAAGAACAGCAUAGCAAUACAAUCUCCUGGUUCAAAUGUAGUUGCACAAAUAGGGAUACAAGCGGAAUGUGUCUGCUUGUCCGCAAUCGUCCACAAAGAGAAAAA